AUGGAUUCCGAAGCUACCCCUCGUAUCCUUACCGUAGGCGUCCUCGCCUUACAGGGGGCCUUCAGCGAACACUUUACACUGCUGCGACAAGCCGCGCGCAAUCUGACCACACCAUGCUCCUGGACCUUUCGUGAAGUCCGUACCGAGCCCGACCUGGCGGCCUGCGAUGCCCUCAUCUUGCCGGGUGGAGAGAGUACGACCAUGGCGCUGGUCGCACAGCGCUCUGGCCUGCUUGAGCCGCUGCGCCAUUUCGUCAAGAUUGCUCAGAAGCCUACCUGGGGAACCUGUGCCGGCUUGAUUCUCCUCGCCGACGCCGUCGUGAGGUCGAGGGAAGGAGGUCAAGAUCUCAUUGGGGGCCUGCAUGUCCAAGCCGCGCGGAACCACUUUGGGCGCCAGACGGAGAGUUUCGAAGCAGAUCUGCAUCUUCCCUUUCUCGCCGCUAACAGCCCGCCCGACGCCUCGACGGAAGCAGCGCCUGCCACAACUGCUCCUUUUCGGGCCAUCUUCAUCCGCGCCCCAAUUGUAGAGAAAGUCCUGCCGAUUCCGACUGACCCGCAUCUACACGCGAGUGAAGCGCCGCCAGAAAAUCCCGUGCGCAUUCUCGCCGUGCUGCCUAGACGCGAGGCAGGCAUCAGUCUGGAGCCGACAACGCCGCCUUACAUCUCAGAAAAUGGUGACAUUAUUGCUGUCCAACAAGCAAACAUCUUUGCUACGAGCUUUCACCCCGAGUUAACGGGAGAUGCACGCAUACACGAAUGGUGGCUGAAGCAGGUCGUGCAGGCAAUUUAUCAUAAAUGA